UAAAGGGGCCACUCUGGAUGUGGUCAUGGGCUGCAUGCGGUCCGUGGAUCGACAGUUUCUCAUCCCGAGACGAUAUUGUGUCAGCCUUCAUAUGGUAGCACUUGAAAUGCAUUAUUUUUCAUGUUUGUGCACACUGAACAAAAUGCAUUUAUUUAAAGGGAGCAUGUAGUGUCUUGCAGGAAUCCUGCUGUGUUUCCCAGAAACAGGAUCACGGUGCAAGUAAAUCUCGCAGUAAAUGUGUAACUUCCAACUGUGAUGAUGUCAUUUCAACUUUCCAUUCAUGGUGCUUUACUGUCACAUGUUCUCAUGCAUUAGCCAAUCAAAAUGAAUGGGUUGGUUCCUACAGAGGACGGCCGAACUUUCAGUUUCGAAAUGUCUCAUCAGUCCAACAUGUGAGAGGCAGGACCCAUUUAACUGCGUGCGCGUGUACAGUGAUGCUGAUAAGGCGUGGAAGAAUUUAAAGCUGGCAAAUGUGUCUUACUCUUCAAACUUCUUCAGCCAGAUGACAACAAUUAGAUGAUGGCUCUUGAGGCAGCUGAUGUUGAGCCAAAGAUGUCGCAAAGAUGUGGUUUCAGGUGCCUCGGUCCUCUGACGUUCCAUCGGGCCGUAGGAGACGCGGUCCACCUGAGUCAGGGAUGUUGCCAUGCAAAGAGGUCCAACGCCACCUUCAGAAACGGCCUUUUGUUCAGCAAUCGGCCCGUGAGGGUCCAGGAACGGGUUCGGCUGCGGGUCAAGGAAGAUUCUGCCUGCUGGCACGGAGCCAUGCGAGUGGGCUUCACCAGCGUUUCUCCAGAUUCCCGAUCUCUGCCCCUGCCCAGCAUGGCCAUCCCUGAAAUCCCCAGCCACCGGGAAAUCCUCAACCACUGGGCCGCCCCCGUGCAUGAGGAGUUCUGCAAGGCAGGAUCACAGCUGGAGUUUUGGGUGUCCAGCUCAGGCAGCUUGUAUGUGUCCAACCAGAACGGCUGCAAGCGUAAGCUCUUAGUAGGAGUGCCGCUCAAGCAGACUCUAUGGGCCAUGGUUGACCUUUAUGGGCAGACACGCUCCGUUCUUCUCUUGGGCUCAAAGAUAGGAACGAGGCUUUUCACCCGGAGGUCAUGUCAGAGUCUCCUCUCGCCUGUUUCUGACACAGCCUCCUUGACAUCUGAUGAUUCUUCCGAUCUCAACCUGCUGCUGCAAUCAGAUGGAGAAGAAACGAUAUGUGUGGUGUGCAUGGCUCAGGAAGCCGACAUCAGUCUGCCUUGUGGCCACCGCUGUAUGUGUCGCCCGUGUGCUAUCGGGGUCUUGAAACAUUCUGGGAGGUGCCCCCUGUGCAGGCAGAGAAUGAAGUCAUCACCGGAGGCUUGAGAGGUUGCUGCUGACAGACGACGACAAUCUGUCAGGGCACCUUCUUGUUCUGUAAAUCUGAAUCUUGUAGCACUUGUAAUUUGAUGUUGUACUUCUAGGUGAAGAAAAUACACUUUUAUUUUGAUUCAUAAUAAAAUGUAUAGGUUAUCCAUUGUUAUUUUGCUUGCUUGGAUUUUGUUUUUAUAUGGAAGGCGGAGCUUUGUUUGGAGGGUUCAUUCUUGUUUACGCAAUCGUUUUUAUAUCAACUAUCGAAUAAAAAUGCAUGUAUUAUGUGAAACACCAAAUAAAGCUGCAGCUGAAGACCUUCA